AUGGGGGAAAUAUACAAGAACUCCGUUCUGACGAUUGCUGCGGAUAAUUGCAGAGAUAGUAACGACAGCAUACUUGGGCCGGUUUCAACAGCUCGGGUACGAAACUAUACAGAGCAGGGAUGCAACAGCAGUAAAUAUGGAUUCCAAAGCAAGAUGUAUACUUAUCAUGGUCAAGAAUUUGGGAAUUCCCUCCAAGCGGAGGGCCACGCAGACAUAUCAAAAGGCAUGUUGUCGUCAAGAGCUUGGGCUCUGCAAGAACAGAUUCUUUCCCCUAGAACUCUACAGUGGGCUCCACUACAGUUAGUAUGGAGCUGUCGCCACACCACGUUGUCGGAAGAACGCCCCUCGGAUGUACGUUGUCUUGAUGAAGCUCGAGGAUUGAACUACCCAGAAUCCCCGCCAAAUCAGUACCACUCGACCAAGAUGAUCUGUCUGUCUCAGAAACAACUCGAACUUGCAACGCCACAGACGAUGUUCACAACCCCAGGCCUUCGUGAUAUAAACGAUCCCCUGCAGAUCUGGUACCUCAUAGUUCAACAGUUCUUGCGGCGCAACAUCACAUACGAGAUUGAUUCUUUGCCCGCAAUUUCGGGAUUGGCGAGAGAAGUGAGGCGACAUACGGGCUAUGAUUAUCUUGUUGGAUUAUGGUCACAAGACUUCUUCAAUGGACUUUUAUGGUCGAUCGACAGCUUUACGAGGUGUCCUAAGGUUUAUGUUGGGCCAUCUUGGAGUUGGGUAUCACGCAGGGCAAAGUAUGGCUCGGCGAAAGCAGCGGGCCUCGGACCCAACAGAUUCGUACACAUUUUUGACAAAAUCGACAUCAGACUUGACCCAGUUGCAGAAGUCAUGGGAACCGAUAUCGUCUAUACAACUGAUGAUAUCUUUGGACCAGUCAAGUCGGCGACUUUACGUCUCAAAGCUCCUUGCUUAUCGAUCGUGUCAUUUGAGAAAGUCGAAGUCAAGCUUCCUUACCACCGAGAUACCUCUCAGAGGCGCUUUUACGGUGAUGAUCCAUCGGCAGCUCUAGUUGACGACGGAUCUAUCUUGUGUUGGUUGGAUAAGCCACUCUUUGAGGAAAAUCAAAUGCAGUCAUUGGACGCGGAAGGUUUGCGUAAUUCUGGUGCGGUGGUGGCAAGGGUUGCGACGCUGUGUGGUAGUCGUGGCACAAAUGUUGGGAAAGCUUUCAUAAAACCUUUGAAAGGAGUACUGCUCAAUCAGAACUGGUCGUUGAUUCUAGUGCCAGCUUUACCAAAUGAGGAAAAGGGUGAAGAGAGUCCGAAAUGGAGAAGAGUUGGAAUUGCCAGAGUGGCCGAUGACUUGCUUAAUAGGGAAGACUGGGAGACAAGGGAGUUGAGCAUAAUCUAG